CGUCCUUGCGGCACCCACCCUUCCCUCCCCGAGCAGCUCGGGCUCACAGGUGCCCCAACAGCCCGGCGGGAUGGUGGCGUGCAGCCUCGCUUGCUGGCGGUGCCGUUGGCUCCUGCCCCUGCUGCUGGGCCUGGCCAUCAUCAUGGGUAUCAUCGCACUGGCAGGCCGGGGCUGGCUGGAGUCUGAGUCGGAGCCCUACGUGCACCAAGCGUCGCUGUGGGAGAGCUGCACGCGGGGCGAGCAGGACCUCAACUGGAACUGUGAAUCUCUCAUGGACUAUGGAUGGGGGAGAGCAGCAGCUGCUACAUACCUCGUUGGCUUUGUGAUCCUGGUCAUCUGUUUCGCCCUCGCAGUCAUCGCAUUCUCAAUUGAAAUACUGCGCUUCAACUUUGUGAGAGGAAUUGGAGGCUUGCUAUUUGUUGUUGCUGCAUUCCAAAUCAUAGGGCUGGUCAUCUAUCCAGUGAAAUUCACAGAAGAAAUUCCACUGAUGGGAGCUAAUAUGUUCAGCUGGGCCUACGGUUUCGGUUGGGCCAGCACUGUUGUUGUGAUAGGUUGUGCUUUCUUCUUCUGCUGCCUCCCCAACUGGGAAGAUGAAGUCCUGGGAAACAUCAAGCCGACAUACUACUACUCCUCCCCAGAUAGAGCACCAUACUUAAAUUGAAAAGUUAAAUCCAACAGCAAUCAACUGUCAAAGCAAUAGAAGAGCACCUUUGCUGCAAAUGUUGGUGCAAUUAUGAGAGACUGAAAAAAAAAAAAAGCAACUCAAAACCCUACCUUAUUUCUUCAGUAUAUUUCUUACAAAAACUGGUUAAAAAAAAAAUAAAUUAAAAACCAUUGGCAUCCGUAAGCAAAUAACUUUUACCUAAAGUAUUAUUUACAUAUUCUCAUGUCAGUUCUGUUUUGGUGGUUUACUUACUCCUUUCCCUCCCAACUGAGUCAUCCUUAUUUUAUUCAAAUAUAUCCUUACAAAUAAAGAUGUAGCUUUUCAAGCUGGAAAGGAGGAGAGAUUUUAAACAACCCACAGGGGGGACCUGCAAGUUAUUUUAUUUUUUUCACCUGUGACAAAAUGGCUUUACAUAGAAUUAGGAAAAAAUAAAAUCCUUCCAAAGAAAGCUUUUUCUUCUGCCAAAAAUUGGUCCAAAGGAAGGAACUUUGCUGAGUCUUUUACAGUCAUAUGCUGCCUAAGAAUCACUUCUUGUUCCUGUUACUGGACUAUUGUUGACUAUUAAGUGUAUGAACUGAGGGGAAAAUAAAACUUAUUUUUUCCACCAUCUGUUGCAGUUAAAUGGAGCCAGUGUGUAUAAUGGUGGCUAACAUACUGGAGUUUUUGUGGUCACUGCAAGACAUGCUACAAAGACAUAUGUAAUUAAAUAUACAUUGUCACAGAGAGAACAAAUAAAUCUUCAGAUGUUAAA